AUGCAGGACACCCCCGCCACGAGGAAGAGACGUAGCAGAAAAGUCGUGGAUGACAGUGACGAAGAGGAAGAUGUAGCUCCCGCCAUAGCGCCAGCUACCAAGCCGAAGUCCAAAACUCCAGCAAAACCCGAAGAGACCAAGGAAGAACCUACAACCUCCUCUGACUAUUUUGCCUCCAGUAAGAAAAAGGCACGGCCUGCUAAGACAACGGAGUCGGCUCAACCCGAUAACGCUAAGCCUGUCGCCGCGAGCCCAAAGCCCAGGAAGACGACCGAAGAGCCUGUGAAGAAAACCCAAACUACAGCUCGUAGAUCAACAAAAGCAGCCACAAAGAUCCUCGAAGACGAAGAUCUCGGCGGUGAUGACAUCUUUGCAACGGAAUAUGGAAAGGGCGGCAAGCAAGAUGACGCUUAUGUCGCUGGAGACGAUGGCGACGAGGACAGUGAUUUCGAAAUGCUUGAAGUAAAGCCAGUUUCCGCAGCCUCGAAAAGGGCACAAAAGAAGAAACCUCAAAACGACGAGGACGACGAUGUGGUCAUGGAAGAUCUUCCCAAGAUCCCUGCUGCGAAGGCUCAACCAAGCCGUAAACGCAAGUCGGACGCUCUCGUCGAGGAUGAUGAUUUCCAGGAAGCCAAAAAGGAAACAAAAAGGGCAGCGCCGAAGACAGAGCCCUCAGCAUCACCGGCGAAGAAGCAAAAAGCCAGUCCUAAAAAGGCCAAGAAAGACGACAAACCGGAAAGCAAAGAGCUCCAAGAUAUAUUCGAUAGCAUCCCCACCAUCGAAGCCCCAGAACCUCCCCAGGGCGAGCCCAGGAAAUUCAAGUUUGGUGCGCAACAAAGCCGAGACCCGGUGACGACCGGUACCAAGGAAUUGCCUGUUGGCGAAGAGAACUGCCUCGCUGGGUUGUCGUUUGUCUUCACCGGUGUUCUGGAGUCGCUUGGUCGCGAAGAGGGCGCGCAACUGGUGAAGAAGUACGGCGGCAAAGUCGUGGGGGCUCCCAGCUCCAAGACGAGCUAUGUAGUCCUUGGCGGUGAUGCCGGUCCAAAGAAGCUCGAGACUAUCGCAAAACACAAAAUCAAGACGAUCAACGAAGACGGCCUGUUUGAACUUAUCCGACGACUGCCUGCCAAUGGCGGCGAUGGAAAAGCUGCCGAAAAGCAUGCCGAGAAACGAAAGGCCGAUGAGGCCAAGAUCCGUGCCAUGGCCGCCGAAAUUGAUGCGGAAGAGAAGAAACAAGCGGAGCAGAAACGAAAGGCGGCCGCGACUGCCCAAGGGCCCAAGGCCACCGCCACCGCGUCUCAGACACCUCCUAGUUCGCAGCCCACCUCAUCAGCGGAACUCUGGACCACGAAGUAUGCCCCAACGUCAACCAGCAUGAUCUGUGGUAACAAGGCUGCGGUCGAAAAGCUUCAGAACUGGCUGCGCAAUUGGCACAACAACGCCAAAAGUGAUUUCAAGAAGGCUGGUAAAGAUGGCUCUGGUGUAUAUCGUGCCGUUAUGAUUCACGGUCCCCCGGGAAUUGGAAAGACCACGGCAGCGCACCUCGUGGCAAAGCUGGAAGGAUAUGAUAUCGUGGAAACCAAUGCUAGUGAUACCAGAAGUAAGAAGCUCGUUGAGAGCUCCACUCUGGGUGUGCUAGAUACGACAUCCUUGCAAGGUUAUUUCGCCGGCCAAGGAAAGCAAGUGGAGGGGGAGAAGAAGAAGCUCGUGUUGAUCAUGGACGAGGUCGAUGGGAUGUCUGCCGGUGAUCGUGGAGGUGUGGGAGCCGUCGCAGCCAUUGUCAAGAAGACCAAGAUCCCAAUCAUCCUUGUGUGCAAUGAGCGAAGACUCCCCAAGAUGAAGCCUUUCGACUUCAUCACUUAUGACGUACCAUUCCGACGCCCGACAGCCGACCAGAUUCGAGCAAGAUUGUCCACUAUUUGCUUCCGAGAAGGUCUCAAGAUCCCGCCUCCUGUUCUCGAUGGCCUCAUUGAAGGAACCCAUGCCGACAUCCGCCAGGUCAUCAACAUGCUCUCCACUGCACGACUAGACCAACAGAGUCUCAGUUUCGACGAAGGCAAGCAAAUGUCAAAGUCAUGGGAAAAGCAUGUCAUCCUCAAACCGUGGGACAUCGUCAGCAAAAUUCUCAGCGCCCAGAUGUUCUCCCCAAGUUCCACGUCCACCUUGAACGACAAGAUUGAGCUUUAUUUCAAUGAUCACGAGUUCAGCUAUCUGAUGCUUCAGGAGAACUACAUUAAGACUAAACCUGCUCUUGCUGGCAAGUACCAGGGUAAGGAGCAACGACUGAAAGCACUCGAGUUACUGGACAAUGCCGCCUCGAGUAUCAGCGACGGUGACCUUGUCGACCGUAUGAUCCACGGCACCCAACAACAAUGGAGUCUCAUGCCCACACAUGCGGUCUUCAGUUUUGUGCGGCCAGCCAGUUUCCAAUUCGGCAACUUCAGUGAACGACCUGCAUUUACUAGCUGGCUGGGCAACAACAGCAAGCAAGGUAUGUUUUUUAUUCUCACCAAAACUGGUGAUAAUGCAGCUUCUAACCAAGAUCCUCUAGGCAAACUCAGUCGAUUCAUCAAAGAGAUCCAGGGCCACAUGCGUCUUCGCACCACAGGCAACCACGACGAGAUUCGCCAGCAGUAUAUGCCUCUACUCCAGGAGAAGAUGAUCCGCCGAAUGAUGAAUGAAGGCAAGGAUAGCGUUGACUCCGUCAUUGACUUCAUGGACGACUACUACCUUACCCGUGAGGACUUUGAUGCGAUCAUGGAACUAGGACUCGGCCCCAUGGACGAGUCCAAGAUCAAACUGGAGACCCAAACCAAGGCCACCUUCACACGUCUGUACAACUCACGCUCGCACCCGAUGCCAUUCAUGAAGGCCAGUAAUGUAGUGGCACCCAAGAAGGGACCAAAGGAGAAGCCCGAUCUUGAAGAUGCCAUUGAGGAAUCUGAUGAGGAGGAAGUUGUUGAAGAGAUCAAGGACGAUGCUGAAGAAGAAUUGGAUUUGAAGAAGGAUAAGUAUGUGAGCUUGCCUAAGAAAAAAAAGGCACCGGCCAAGGGCAAGAAGGCCAAGAAGGCGGCUGAUGAGGAUGAGGAAAAGCCCAAGAAGGGACGGAAGGGUAAAGCCAAGGCUUAA